AUGAUACCGCCAUGUUAUAGGCCGUCCGGAACUGACUUCCGACAUUCACAACUCGUGAGCGAUACAUCAGGUCUCGUACUCGCCACUCGACUGUCCGAGAAUCCUAAAAUCCAAGUUCUCGUUCUCGAGGCUGGUGGAAAUCAUUUGGAAAAUCCAGAGAUAAACAUUCCAGCACUUUGGCCUUCCUUGCUUGGUACAGAACUCGAUUGGGCAUUUAAAACUGUUCCCCAGAGUGAGCUUGAAAACCGAACUAUAGGCCUUCCUGGUGGUCGUCUCCUUGGUGGAUCAAGUGCCAUCAAUGCGCAAGCUUUUAUCGCUGCAUCUAAAGUUGGACUUGAUGCCUGGAAGGAGCUUGGAAAUGAAGGAUGGGAUUGGGAUUCUAUGAAACCCUACUACAAAAAGUGUCAUACUGUUGAAAUCCCAAGCGACAAGUUAAGAAAGGAGCUUGGCCUGAAUCACCUGACAUCUUCGAGCAACCCGGGAAAAGCAUGGGCUGAUACCUUCAAUGCCUUGAAGUAUGAGAUGUCCGAGAAUGCAUUUUCAGGAUCUUCAAUUGAUGGUUUUGUAAAGAAUUCGACAAUCAAUGGCGUUAAGAAGGAGCGGAGCUAUUCAGCAAAUGCUUACUUCAAACCUGCGCAAGAUCGAUCCAACCUCCAUCUCAUUACUGAUGCUCUAGUUGAGAAAAUCAUUCUCGAUAAAGAAUAUGGGGAGGCUGUUGCCAAGGGUGUGAAAGUCAGUAUCAAAGGUGUCGAACAUAUCUUUCAAGCAGGGAAGGAAGUCAUCGUUGCAGCCGGUGCUUUGAAUUCCCCAAAGAUCCUAGAACUUUUAGGAAUCGGUGAUGUUGAACUUCUUCGCUCGCUGGGAAUCGAUGUACAUGUCGAGAACUCUAAAACACUGGAUCCUCUUAGCCGCCAAGAGCCAAAAGCUAUCGCAGCCGCUAUUUCCGCAUAUCAAACUGACAGAAAUGGACCCUUUGCUGGUGCGGCAAUAUCGUCUUUUGCUUAUAUGCCUGUUCCAGACUUCCAAACACCCAAAAGCAAAGCCGAAUUAGAGCAUACGCUGCUUACCUUCAAACCCGAGAAAGAGAGUGUAACGACUGAAUGUGCAAGAUCUGUUCUUUCUAGCGCAGACAAGAGUUCCGCUUACUACUUCACUGGCAACUUUCUUACAAUUGCUUGUGAACUUGGAUAUCCGCUUUCCCGAGGCAGUGUUCAUAUCCAAUCUUCGUCCGUAUCGGAAAGUCCUAUCAUUGAUCCCAAAUACUUCAGUAAUCCCAUUGAUCUUGAUAUCCACGCCAGAUUCAUACGAUAUAUUCACAACAUUGCUGCGACUGAGCCGAUGGCUUCAGUUCUAAAACCUGGCGGACAUAUCAGUCCAAGAUUUGCUGCUUUUGGUACAGAAUUAGAAGCUGCCAAAGAUUGUGUUCGAAAAACUAUGAUUUCCGCGUGGCAUCCAUGUGGCACUUGUGCGAUGUUACCUUUAGAAGAUGGUGGUGUUUUGAACCAAAAGCUGGUGGUUUAUGGCACCAAAAACAUCAGGGUUGUCGAUGCGAACCUAAUGGCUAGCUGUUUACCUUCUGAAUCCGAGAAUAUCUUCGCACCAAACAACAUCAAUACGCGUUCUCAGCCCGUAGUAUAUUCUAGUCUCUGGGGAGAAGAAAAAAACAUGUCUCUCCCACGCGUAUCCCUCUCCUCAUUUCUAUCCUCCGCCAAAACUGCUCUAAACGGCGCAUUGAAAAGUGGGGGAAAAGUUAACUUUGUCGUGGGUAAUGAAUCGGCUGAUCUCGAUUCUCUCUGCAGCGCCAUACUUCUAGCCUAUCUACGUACAUAUUCCCCUCUCAACCAUAACAAAUCCCUCUACAUCCCUCUGUCGAAUCUACCUCGUGCGGAUUUAGGAUUGAGGCCGGAAUUACACCCUAUUUUGAAGAAAGCCAGAGUCAAGGUGGGAGAAUUGAUCAGUUUGGAUGAUUUGAGAGAACACGGCAUAAAGUCAUCGCAGUUGACGAAAUUAAAACCAGAUGAUACGAGAUGGAUAUUGGUAGAUCACAAUGCGUUACAAGGGGAAUUGGGUAGAAGUUAUGGAGGAAGAGUAAGAGGAUGUAUAGAUCAUCAUGAUGAAGAGGGAAAGGUUCCCGCAAAGGAAAUCUGUGAGGAGGAGGGGGAAAUGAGGAUUGUGGAGAAGAGUGGAAGUUGUGCGAGCUUGGUCGUUGCAUGGGCGAGAGAUGGUUGGGCGGAGAUGAGGAGAGAAGAUGGAGUAGGCGGAGAAAAGGAUAUCAGUCAAUGGGACGGAGAACUAGCAUAUCUAACCCUAGGACCAAUCCUAAUCGACACAAACAAUCUCCAAUCCGCCGACAAGACCUGCGAAAGCGACCGAGCCGCUGUCCAAUUCCUUGAAGACCUAAUCGCAAAAGAUCCCAAUACAUCACAAUCACCCUGGAAUCGAGAUGAAUAUUUCUCCACAAUUACUGCCGCGAAAGAAGACAUAGGAGAUAUGGAAUUACGAGAUAUAUUACGAAAAGAUUACAAAGAAUGGCAGGAAGGAGGAUUGAGCCUAGGUAUCAGUGCCGUAGUCCAGGAUUUCGACUUUUUACUUGCGAAAGCGGGGAGUAAGGAUAAGUUACUUGAGGUACUUGGUGAGUGGGCGAAGGAAAGAACUUUGGAUAUUUGCGCGGUGAUGACAACGAGUAAUAAGGAGGGAGUGUUUAGGAGGGAGCUUUUGGUAUGGGGGUUGGGAAAUAGAGGGGUAGAAUGUUUGAGAAAGUUCAAGGGGGAAGGAGAGAGAAGAUUUGGGUUAAAGAUUUGGGGUCAAGGCAUACUAAAUGUCGAUGAGGAGAGGGAGAUCAGACAUUGUUGGUGGCAAGAAAGGAUUGAGCAUAGUAGAAAGCAGGUUGCUCCUCUAUUGAGGCAAUCGAUGCUUUGA